GAUGGAUCACCAACCGCAAGUCGUCCAGCAGCUGGAGGGUCUUAAAAGUUUUUACACCCGAGAUUGGCCAAAAUAUUGCAAGGAAUAUUACUGCCUGGAUACUUUUCUGGAUCUUCAUAAAUGGGACUCUCAAUUGAAGGAUGUCAAACUUUACGCUCUUCCCAAUCUAGAACUCGGAUUAUUUGUGAUUGUGGAUCGUUAUCAAAUUUUUGUGGGUUUUUUGGAGGCUGAAAGCUCCGAAAGUGUUCUCAAGGAAUCCCUAUUGAAACUGGACUUUUUUGGAAUGAAUCAAUUUGCUUCUAUGCCUAAAAGAUAUUUUACUGUUGCAACCGAUAUUAUUAAGGCGAAAAAUUUGAAAUUGGAUAUCGAUAUUAUAACCUAUUCCAUGAUUUUAAGGAAAGAAGAGGCCCUGUGCCUUCAAGUGAAACCAACAGUUGGCUUCUCCUUAAAGUCUUUAAGUCUAGAGGAUGCUCAAGUGAUUUACGAGAAUUGGAAAUAUAGUGAACAUGACGGCCUUUCCUUUAUUCAACGGCAAAUUUGUUAUAACACCAGUGUGGGCUUGGCUCAGGAUGGAUUAUUGGCUGCCCUUCAAGUCAAACCCUCCUACCAACGUCGAGGUUUUGGUGCUACGAUUGUGAAAGAAUACUCUAGACGAGAGGCUGAGCAAGGUCGUGACACAAUCACCGAAAUUGUUUUUUCAGAAAACAAGGCAUCGUUAAAUCUGUUCCAAAAAUUGGGCUUUAGGAUCAACGACCAGUGUCAUUGGUUGUACACGGUAGCCACAAAUGAAGUUUGAUUUAACAAGCAUAUUAAUCAAAAAUAA